GGUCUGGUGCACUGCCUCUCAUGUUCUUGCUGAUGUCCUUCAUCCACUCUGGACUCACUGAAGUAAAAUCUGUAGUGAAGGUGACGCCAGAUCAGCUUGUGUUCAGAGGAGAGACAGUCACUCUCACAUGUGACAUACAGGGAGAAGGAAACAAGCAGUGGACAUACAGCUGGUUUAAAGAUGGAGACACAGAUGAACCGUUUACAACAACAACAGAAGCAGAGUUCAGACUCAGUCCUGCUGAUAUGUCUAAUAGUGGUGAAUACAGCUGUGAAGCAAACAGAAUAAACAUCAGUGCUGCUGUUACACUGCAUGUAUCAGUAAAACCUGUAGUGAAGGUGACACCAAAUCAGCCUGUGUUUAGAGGAGAGACAGUCACUCUCACAUGUGACAUACAGGGAGAAGAAAAUGAUCAGUGGACAUACAGCUGGUUUAAAGAUGGAAACACAGAUGAACCGUUUGCAAAAACAACAGAAGCAGAGUUCAGUCCCAGUCUUGCUGAUAUGUCUAACAGUGGUAAAUACAGAUGUGAAGCAAAGAGAUCAGACAUCAGUGCUGCUGUUACACUGACUGUAUCAGAUUUACCCACAUCUACACUGACUGUGACACCAGACAGUCCUGUAUUCACUGGAGAGACAGUCAAUCUGAAGUGUGUGAUCAAGUCUGAUCACAGUGGCUGGAGAUAUAAGUGGUAUAAAGGCAGUAAAGUCAAGAAUGUGAUGUUAAAGGACUCCCAAUAUUACAUUGUAAACAUAGACACUCUAACUAUCAAAGGAGUAAUUGCAUCUGAUCAGGGUCAGUACUGGUGUAGAGGACAGAUAGCUGGAAGACCCAAAACAUUACAUUCCAGCUCUGCUGUUAAUCUCUCUGUGAUGGAGAGACCAAAACCUGUAGUGAAGGUGACGCCAGAUCAGCGUGUGUUCAGAGGAGAGACAGUCACUCUCACAUGUGACAUACAGGGAGGAGGAAACAUUCAGUGGACACACAGCUGGUUUAAAGAUGGAUACACUCACAAUCCAUACAUAACAACAACAACAGCAGAGUUUAGUUUCAGAGCUGAUUCUGUGUCAGAUAGUGGUGAAUACAGCUGUAGAGGAGAGAGAUCAGACUCACAGAGAUCAGACAUCAGUGCUGCUGUUACACUGACUGUAUCAGAUUUACCCACAUCUACACUAACUGUGACACCAGACAGUCCUGUAUUCACUGGAGAGACAGUCAAUCUGAAGUGUGUGAUAAAGUCUGAUCACAAUGACUGGAGAUAUGAGUGGUAUAAAGGCAGUAAAGACAACAAUGUGAUGUUAAAGGACCCCCAACAUUACAUUGUAAACACAGACACUCUUACUAUCAAAGGAGUAAUUGCAUCUGAUCAGGGUUAUUACUGGUGUAGAGGAGACAUAGAUGGAAGACCUGAAUCACUACAUUUCAGCUCUGAUUUGUAUAUUUAUGUGAUUGAUUCACCCACAUCUACACUGACUGUGACACCAGACAGUCCUGUAUUCACUGGAGAGACAGUCAAUCUGAAGUGUGAGAUUGAGUCUUACAGUUACUGGAGAAGUAGAAAUGGCCUGACACAUGAGUGGAGAUAUGAGUGGUAUAAAGGCAACAGAGACAAUUCAAUGUUACAGACGUCUGUUCGUUACAGUGUAAGCAGAGACACUCUCACUAUCAGAGGAGCUACUGAGUCUGAUCAGGAUCAGUACUGGUGUAAAGGACAGAGAAACACCAAUGAAAGACCAAAAUCAUCACGUUUAAGCUCUGCUGUUUCUCUCACUGUGAAGGAUUUACCCACGUCUACAUUGAAUGUGACACCAGACAGUCCUGUAUUCACUGGAGAGACAGUCAAUCUGACAUGUGUGAUUGAAUCUUACAGUGACUGGAGACAGAGAAAUGACCUGACAAAUGACUUGAGAUCUGACUGGACACCUGAGAGAUGGAGAUAUGAGUGGUAUAAAAGCACAGACAGUGUAAUGUUACAGAUGUCUGAUCGUUACACUGUAAACAAAGACAAUCUCACUAUCAGAGGAGUUAAAAAGUCUGAUGCGGGUCAGUAUACGUGUAAAGGACAGAGAGAUGGAAGACCAAAAUCAUCACAAUCAAGCUCUGCUUUUUUUCUCUCUGUGACGGAUUUACCCACGUCUACAUUGAAUGUGACACCAGACAGUCCUGUAUUCACUGGAGAGACAGUCAAUCUGACAUGUGUGAUUGAAUCUUACAGUGACUGGAGACAGAGAAAUGACCUGACAAAUGACUUGAGAUCUGACUGGACACCUGAGAGAUGGAGAUAUGAGUGGUAUAAAAGCACAGACAGUGUAAUGUUACAGAUGUCUGAUCGUUACACUGUAAACAAAGACAAUCUCACUAUCAGAGGAGUUAAAAAGUCUGAUGCGGGUCAGUAUACGUGUAAAGGACAGAGAGAUGGAAGACCAAAAUCAUCACAAUCAAGCUCUGCUUUUUUUCUCUCUGUGACGGAUUUACCCACAUCUACACUGACUGUGACACCAGACAGUCCUGUAUUCACUGGAGAGACAGUCAAUCUGACGUGUGUGAUUGAGUCUAAUCACAGUAACUGGAGAUAUGAGUGGUAUAAAGGUACAAACAACAGUGUAAUGUUACAGACGUCUGAGCGUUACACUGUAAGCAGAGACACUCUCACUAUCAGAGGAGCUACUGAGUCUGAUCAGGAUCAGUACAGGUGUAGAGGACAGAGAGAUGAAAGACCAAAAUCAUCACAGAAGAGUAAACAAAUAAAUCUGUCUGUUAAUGCAGCUUCAACUUCUCUUCUGGUCACUGGUGUGGUUGUGGGACUGAGUGUUUCCCUGUUGAUCUUCAUCUCACUGGUGCUGCUGUGGAGAUACAAGAAGAACAAAGCGAGCGAUCAGCAGCGUAACGUUAACCAGACAUCAGACCCAAAUCAAUCUGCAGAAUCUCAACCAGAAAACUCUCCUCUACAGUCUGCAGGUUCUGAUCAUGUUUAUGAUGACGUGACUACAGUGAAAAAUAGAGAUAAAGCAGGUUCUGAUAAUAUUUAUGAUGAUGUGACAAUAGCAAAUAAUGGAGAAACAGAUGUCACAUAUUCAGAGGUCACUGUUAAGAAAAAGAUGGACAAAGAUGAUGUCAUUGGCGAAACAAAUAAUGUUACAUACUCUGAAGUUGGAAAAAAAGGAAAGAAAUGCAAAAGCAAAGAUAUUAAUAUUGCAGAACCCAGUGAUUUGACUUAUGCACAGAUCAAUACACAGGACAAAAAGAACACCAAAGGCAAAGGUGCUGGACUUGCUGAUAUUAUGAUUGAAAUGAAAUCUAAGCAGAAACACAAAGGGAAGAGCAGUGAGUCUGGAGACACUUUCUACUCUGAACUGAAGCACAACACAGACAGAGAUGCUGAUGCUGGGGUUGAUGCAACUUACGCUCAACCUAUUAGGAAGAAGAACAAAACACAUGCUGAUGCUGGAGUCGAUGAUGCAACUUAUGCUCAACCCAUUAGGAAGAAGAACAAAACACGACCGUGAGUGCAGUGAAGACAACAGACGGCUAAAAGAGAUUCAGUGAGCUGCUUAUGCACAUGCUUGAUUUAAAUACUUUAGAGGUACAUAUGCAUUGUAUUAUCUGUACACAUAUUAUGUAAGCAAAACACAUGUAUCUAUAAUAUAUAGUAUAUUUUCUCCAGUGAACACAACUGUAUCUGUA